CACACACAUCCCUCUGCUUUACCCCCUCCGUAAAGAUGUGUUAGGAUAAAGCUUUGGGAUUACCAAAAGUGUGCACAACAUCUGUGGGAGGAGAAACACGCUAUUGAUCUGUCAUUAAGGGAUGUGUCAGGCAUGACUUAUAAGGACUGGGGUGGAGGUUAUUCUGCAACUGAUGCCAUAAUUUCAUCAACUACACGUCCAUCAGUAGUUAUUAGAGCUUCGGGUAAUACAUACAGUUCAGGAUCGACAGUGUCAUCUUCCUCAUCCAUGCAAGUAAUUUCCUCAUUCGACUGAGUGGGACUUCUCCUUGUCCUGGGCUGGUUUUGAGCUCACAUCCGAAAGAAAACCACAUGGUAUUCUCUGCUGUAUAAGAUGACCUGGGCAAUGAUGGCCCGGUGCGAGAUCUCUAACAAGCGGCUUUUGCAGCUGCACAUCCAACACACAUUUGUCCAUUGCUUAUAACCACGGAAACAACCCUGGAGAUGCCGAAGAGAAGAGACAUUCUUGCCAUCGUGUUAAUCGUGUUACCUUGGACUCUGCUCAUCACUGUUUGGCACCAGAGCGCCAUCGCGCCCCUGCUCGCCAUCCGAAAGGCUUGUCACCAUCUAGUUAAAGAGAUCUUUAUCAUACCCGAGCGGCUAAUGGUCCAACGGCAUCGCCUGUCAGAUGAUGGAACUGGUGAAGGCAGACGCGAUGCAGGAAGCCAAACAAGCGACUCAAAGGAGUUCUGCUCCUCUGAUAAGGACAUAGUGGAGGUUGUGCGCACCGAGUACGUGUACACACGGCCGCCUCCGUGGUCCGACGCCCUGCCCACCAUCCAUGUAAUCACACCAACUUACAGCCGGCCAGUGCAGAAAGCUGAGCUCACUCGGCUCGCCAACACCUUCCUGCACGUCCCCAACCUGCAUUGGAUCCUGGUGGAGGAUGCACAGAGGAGGACGCCGCUGGUCACACGUCUGCUGAGAGAGACAGGCCUCAACUACACACAUCUAAAUGUCGAGACUCCUCGGAACUACAAGCUACGAGGGGAUGCACGGGAUCCCAGAAUCCCACGGGGAACCAUGCAGAGGAACCUGGCUCUCCGGUGGUUACGGGAGACCUUCAGCCCCAACAGCACUCAAACAGGCAUUGUCUACUUCGGUGAUGAUGAUAACACCUACAGCUUGGAGCUCUUUGAAGAGAUGCGAUCCACGCGUAAGGUGUCCGUUUGGCCCGUAGCUUUUGUUGGAGGUUUGCGUUACGAGUCCCCGAAAGUCAACGCUGCUGGCAAAGUGUACGGAUGGAAAACGGUGUUCGAUCCUCACCGUCCUUUUGCUAUUGACAUGGCAGGAUUCGCCAUCAACUUGAGGCUCAUCCUGUUCAAACCACAAGCCUAUUUCAAACUGCGGGGGGUCAAGGGGGGCUACCAGGAGAGCAGCCUGCUCCGAGAACUCGUCACACUCAACGAUCUGGAACCGAAAGCAGCUAAUUGCACUAAGAUUCUCGUGUGGCACACAAGGACAGAAAAACCUGUCCUGGUGAACGAAGGCAAGAAAGGCUUCACAGAUCCAAACGUGGAAAUCUGACAUCCUCUUCAACAAUGGCACUUUUUGGAUAAUUCAAGGCCCUACAGGAGCAAAGAGCAACAUCUCAGAACCUAAGCUUCAGACAUGAUUUCUUGUUGCUGCUCAGUACAGCGAAAUCAACUGACUACCACAACUGUAUCUUUCAAAGCACAGAAUGGUUCAACACGGCAAUAUCACGGUAUUUUGUAUGUAAAGCUAAACAGCAGGACGUCUACACGUUUGUUCUCAAGACGCCCACACACAGAAAAGUGACGUGACAUCCCUGACUCAGGAGUGUAUUCAUGAAAAAAAAAAGACACACUGGAUCGGUAUAGACCUGCUGAACAACGGAGGACGUAUCAGUUCUAUCUGCUUGAUCUUUAAAUACAAGAACAAACUCACAGACAGAACUCUUCUCAGAGAUAAAAACAUACAUAGAAGGGAAUGGGUUUUUAUUUUUAUUUUUCCUUUUAAACUUAACACAAUGUCUUCUUUUUAUUUAAUGUAUUUCCGGUUGUUUUGUUCACUCUCUUCCUAGUUCAGAACUACUGACUUCUUGUUUUCUGCUUGACUAAAAUACAGGUUCUCAAAGUGUUUCCAGGAUCGUCACUGCGACAUUUACUGACAUCCCGAGCCUAGCUGCCAUGUUGGAUUUCACAGUGAGUGACCAUAUAGCACUAUUCAUAUGACUAGAAUAUGAACGAAUACGAACCGCACUUUUUUUUGUUUGUUUUUUUGGGAGUGGUUGGCUGUUAUAGUAUUGUAAAUAUGAAACUUUACACAAACAAUCAUAGGCUUCAAAAUGAGGUGGUCUAGCGUUAAACCGAAAAAGCAAUGUAACUACUGUAUUUAUAACUGAGUAUAUAGUGAGAUUAAAGACAUCAACAUGCCACAGCAGAAAGCCUCGUGCUCAGUGAAGGUGUUUUGUUAAAACAGGGUGGGAGUGUUGAAGAACAAUAAAAAAUCACUUCAUUGUAAACUGGAUUUCAUGUCACACAUAAGCCAUGGACUUUUGAGAGGUGACCUCUCAGGCGAAGAUGAGAUGCAAAGAUAAUUCUAGCCCAAUGGCAGCUUUGUGGGGUCUGCAAUAAAACCUUCAUGGUAUUAACGUAUUAGGAAGAUUCUCAUAAAGCACUUCUUAGUAUUGUUUAACAUUUCCAAAUGGUUGGUUUUCUGAUAUUAAAAUGAGGAAAGAUGGCAUAAAUGAUGUCAGUUUUGUUCAGAUCCUAGUCCACAGCCACCAUAAACGCCGAAUAACAAACAGGAUAAACAGACGGAAAACAUCAGUGCGGUUAGCGUUAGUAAAGUUGUCAGCGGUGCCUUUGGGUAAAAACAAAACAAAAAAGGCUUGUAAUCUUUCCUGCAUGCCACAGAAGCUUCUCCUUUUUACGGGUAGAAAUGAGUUCCUGUGCACAAUUUCUCACUGCUACAGACGGUACUCGGCUAAAUAUAGCUAAUCAAGCACAAGAUCCUGACCAUGUUAGAAAAGAAGGUAAAAUUGCUAUCAUUUUGUAUACGUAAUUCAUUCUGGACAAUGUUAUUCUCACGAUGUUUAUUUCUGUGUUACCGUCUAACAUUUUUCAGAUCCUGUUUUCACUGUUUAGUAAUCAGUUACCUGCACACGCUUCAUGCUUUAUAUUAGACGUUAAUGAAUAGCUAAUAAGUGGAUAAGAAGUGAAUACAGCACUUAUUUGGGAACAUUAAUAAGAAGUUGAGUAGCUUCGUCUUUUUUUUUUUUUUUUUUUAGACGGGCCUGACAUGAUAAUAAUUUGACUUCAAACUCUGAUGAUAAUUAAUGCUUGUUAGUGAUUUUAUCCACUUAAUUUUUUAUUGUAGGUGUUAACAGGCGGUCUCCUGUUCAUCAAAACUGUCGGAAAAAUUAAAAAAAAUGCGACCAUUAAAAUAUUCAUAUAUUGCUGAAACUUAAAUGAGAUUGAAUAUUCAGUUUAAAUGAAUUGAUUGAAUAUUAAUAUUCUGUGUACACGGGCUAUGCAUUUGAUUUAAUAUACAAAUGUUUUGGCAUUUCUCAUAAAUCUUACUGAUAUUUUACUUCACUGACUCCUCCACAAAAAUGAUAUCAAGAGAGAAAGAAAGUAAGGAAGAAAUCGUAAAUUGGUAAAUAAUUUUGCUAAUUUUUUAUGCAUCUAUCUCUAGAAAGUAUCAAAAUGAUCUGUUAAGAAAAGUGAAUGGUUAAAAUGAGUAAAAACGCUUAAGUGUGUGUGCUUAUUUAUGAGAUAUCUAUUGCCGGUCUUGUGUUAAGAGCACAGUGUUAUAACCUAAUGCAAGUAUUGGUGACUAGAUGUGGGCGUGUACAAAGUUAAAAAAAUAUUUAACUUUAUGCAAAUUUGGAGCAACUUGGUACAUUGACUACCAAUGAGAACGAAGACAGUAGAGCGCACAAAAUCUGUCGCAAAAUUAUGUUAUUAUUAAGUUAUGUGAACUUACUUAUUUCUUCUCUUUGACUCGAACUUUCAGGACAAGUUUUGGAUACUGAACUAAAGUUUAUAAGUCCGUUGUCUUGAUUACUUGUGAUUUGAAACAAAGUUCAACUUCUACUGAAGUUUACUCAUAUUUUUAAGGCAGCAGGUAAACUUUACUUAAUAUUUUUAAGCAUCUUGAAAUAUUUUACAGUGUUUAUUCACUGCUGAAUUUAAUAUACAAACACCAAAUCUCCCUCCAGAAAUUUCCAUUAGUUACGCCAUCCCACUGAUAAACGUAAUUACUACGGCAACCAGUAGCAGAAAUGCCUACUGGAGAUUUGUGACAAAAAGAUCGCUGUAUGUUUGAACUUCAUUCAAUUAAUUAACCUGUGCAUUUCCAGAAAAAAGCAGAAAAUCAGGACAGGAAGCAAGUAGCAGGUACUUUAACAAAGUUAGCAUAAUAGAAAACCAUAAAAUUGUUAAUGUUGUGAAAUAACUGUCGUAUCCACUGUUGAUCUGUAAGGAAUAAGAAGACUGCUCUUAUAGGAAAGUAAUCAACGUCAGAAAAAAUCUUAAUGUGCGUUCACACUCUGAAGUGGAUUAUUUUUACAAUAACAUCCUGAAGUGGUUCACAGCAUUUUAUUUUUUUAUUUUUACAGAAAGACGUGAUAAUUUUAUCAAUUUAUAGUUUAACCAGUACAAUAACAACAAAUGAAUAAUAAUGAACUAAUACCUGAUUUAAUUCUUAAUACUUAAAUAUGAACUAAUGAGUUCAUUGAAGUAUGUUCUAAUCAGAAACUAAUGAAGAGCUAACUGACAUGAGUCAUGAAUUCACGUGUGAAUAACAAACACCUUGUGCAUACACGUUAGCACGUGUAUAUUUUUUUAAUGUAUUAAUGAACAUUUAGGGGUAAACUAAAUCAAACCUGCUCUAGAAUUUUGCAUUAUUGUAUUUGCCGUAUGCAGCUGCGUGUAGAAACAUCACUGGGCGGUGCUGGGUUACUUUCGUAAUUUAAUCCUAAUUUAAUCCUUUUUAUUGAAUGAAGAAAGAGUCACGAAUAAUAAACACUAAGCAUUUUAUCUUAACAUGUUUGCUAUGAUACUGUACCUCACAGUAGUACUCGUAUGUGCUGUGAGUGAAGCCCUGGGGCACUAAUUUACCCCAAUGGUGAGAAUUUAGCAUUUCUAUUUUCUAUCAGCAUUUAAAAACAAUGAAUAAGAUUACUUUCAUGUGUGUUUUAGUCUUACAUUGAGCAUGUUUGAUAUACUAACAUGGACUUAAGGUGUAUGUUAUUCACACGUGAAUUCAAAAGACUUAAUAAGGUUAACUUUUCAUUAGUUUGUUAUCAGUACAUGCCUUAACUUAUCAUUAGUUGAUAUUUAAGUAAGUGUCAAUUCAGGUGUUAGUUCAGAUUAUUCAUGUACUGUUAUUAUGAAGUGUUGCUUGUAAAAUUGUUGUUCUCUCACAAGAGAGGCCACGACAGUCAGAGCUGUUAUAGAAAACGAUCAGAAAUCAUUAAUAAUUCAACAGUACAGCUCACUUAUUGGCUUCAAACAUCUAAUGCCGUAUACGACUCCCUAUUCUGAAACCGAAUCUUUUCAUUAAAUUUGUCCUCACCAAGAAAGAGAACAUCUUUUGUUGUUAUUUAUAAGACACAUCUCUACGUACAAUAUCUUUGUGUAAUUUUCAAAAACUCCUUUUGCAUUUCAAAAGCCUCUUGAGCUCGCAGUGAAAGGCGUUUGAGUAAUGAACGACAGAAACGACAAAAACACGAACAAAAGCCUGAGCAGCCCGAGCAGGUGUCUGAAGCGACACUCGGCCUCUUCUCAUCUCGGCUACUUCAUAUCCACAGCCGUCCUGCUGCUGCAUGAUUAUACACUUCUCUUCAUCAAGUUGGAUAGAAGUCGAGAAGCUUGUAACGUUUCCUGUGCUUUUUUUCUUUCCGAGAUACUUGACACACCAUUAAUUUGACUCCACAUGCUAAUGACAAUUAUCUGCGCUUCCUUUUGUUUUCUCUGAAGCUUUGACGACUUCAAAGUGCUUUGUAAAAAUGAUUUCCAGCAGGUCCCAAUGUUAUUUAUUUUUUUAUUUUUUAUCACUGCAAGGUCUUAUUAUCACCUACAGUACCUGCUUACAGUUCAUUAGCACGGAAAUACAGUAUAUUCUGUCACUUUGUACCCCCCCCCCCUUUUUUUAGAAGUUGAGUCGAUUUUGAGUCAUAAUCAAAAAGGAAUCGUAUAGAAAUGUGUCAAGAUUCGCAUCGACAAUUGUUACUUUAGUAAAAUAUAUAGAUUCGUUUGAAAUAACAAACCAAAUGUUUAAAAGUGUAUUUUCUACUUACGAGUUAUUGUUUCGAUUGAGACCCUUCAAUCACAUGAUUUUAUUCCCUGCAAUGUAAAAAAAAAAAUGGACUUAUUUUUUUCUUAUGCAUUUAUUGAUCUAGAUCUAUUUAUUUAUUAUAUUUAUUUACCACGCUUACAGUAUGUCCUGUUACACUGUUGACAUAUCAGUUAAGAUGACGCUUAUCCCCUUGAAAAAUCGGAAUAAAGCCUUUUACCUGAGAUGAAACUGAGAUCGGUCGUCAUGUAAGGAAACAGACGAUAAGGAUCGAUUUCUUUGUAGCCCUGUAGCAUUUCUCUUGAGUUGCCAGGUGUGUUAAAAACAUAUAUUUUCACCACUUCUUGCCUUGACGUUUUGACGUUUUUCCCACCUUCCCUGCGUUUGUAAUAUAAACUCAUUAGCCAUGAUGAUAUUCUUGCAUUACUUGAAAAUAUGUUCUCUGUGGUCACUGAUAUUUCGUAGAAAUGCACAGUAUAACAACAUCUCACUACGGCAGAGUAUUUAUACUGGCUCACACACUCACACACACAAAGCCUC